UGUUGUUUACUUUUUGACUUUUCAGUUAGGCGUCUGAAGAGUCUUGUAACAAAUGCACUAGCUGUUUGACAAUUAAACGGAUGGUUGUUUUUUAUACUUAAAAAAGAAAGAAACGAACAGUAUUUUUGUUGUUGUUAUUUCUAUAAACAUCGUAAAUUAAUGUAUUGCACCAGAUCUAUGCAUUAUAUGGCAUGCUUUAAACGUUUUAUAACGUGUGUUUGAGUUAUUGUUCUGAAUCUGCAAAGGUAUAUGUUUUGACGUGUUGUUGUGUUAGUUUACACUAAAGAAACGUUGUUUGUGCAGUUACACAGCAAGUCCUAGGAGGAGAAAUCAUGUCCUUUGAUUUGGAUGAUGACAGUCUGCAGGAGCUGUACUCAUGGGUGGAUAAAAUGCCGUUAUCUCGUCCAAAGAGGAACGUUACCCGGGACUUCAGCGACGGAGUGCUAGCUGCAGAGAUUGUUAAUUUCCACUUCCCGAAGCUGGUGGAAAUGCACAACUAUGUUCCAGCCAGUUCUACACAACAGAAGGUCGACAACUGGAGCCAACUGAACAGGAAGGUGUUUAAUCGGCUGAGCUUCAGUGUCCCUGAGGAUCAGAUACGGAAGAUCACGCAGUGCUCUCCAGGGGUGGUGGAGCAGGUCCUCAGCACUCUGCGGGAGAAGAUCGAGCAGAAACAGAAAACCAGCAAGCUGCCCCCACAGAACCUGGAGUAUUACAGCACCACACAGGGCUCCAACGAGCAUGGCACAGGCUACUCUUCCCAGGUCCCCAAAGCCAAGGACAGUUCGACUGCAGGAAACUUGCACAGCAAGCAGGGGCUCAAACCCGUCAGCCCGGGGAGACCCCACCCAGCCACCAUCACUGACUCCGCUACCCAGCUCCACCUGCAGGAGAAGGAACAGGCCCUGAUCGCAUCUCGGGAGACCAUCCAGAUUCUGCAGGCCAAGGUGCGUCGCCUGGAGCACCUGGUCCACCUGAAGGACGUCCGGCUCGAUGACCUCACGCGUCGGCUGCAGCAGGGGGAGCAGAGGCACAAAUAGACCUCCUCUGAGUCGCAGCUGUCCCCAUGUGUAAUAAGCACACUGUUGCAUUUUGUAAUGGCUGUCGUAAUGUGUAAUAAGCGCACUGUCACAUUUUUUAAUGGCUGUCGUAAUGUGUAAUAAGCGCACUGUCACAUUUUGGAAUAGCUACCUACCACCAGCUUUAUAGCAUAGCAUUUUAGUUCAAGUUUGCAGAAUGUGUCAGGGGCAUUAUUAUUGGAAACAGAAUCAGUUCAAUUAGGAAUUGAACAAAAGUGGAAAAAUGUAAUGCAUGCAUGAAUGAAUGCAUAACCUAAAGAUCAGAGCAGGAAAUAACCCCCCCCAAAAGGAAGAUUACUUCCUGAAAUGCAGAAUAUCACUUUGGGGAAUAUGCAGAUAAAACUGGUCUGUGUUUGUGAGGACACAGGCAGCCUCUCUUAACAGCCAUUUUGUACCUGUCAAUGACAGCCGUGUUAGUUGACUCAGAGCACUAUAGCAUGACAGGACCGCUUUGUGAUUGUAAUGAAGAUAAUGAAGCCCUCUACAUCUUAAGCCAAGUUCACAGUGACCAGAAGCCAACACUGCAGCUCAACACACUCAGAUAGUGUGGACCAGAUGAACAGCAUAGCCUCCUUCUCAUGUAGGUAGACCUGUCUCACUUUGCACAGCACAGACCCUCCUGGGGAACUGCCAGAGGCCAUGUAUUGUGUAUUUCAUCAACAUGUUGUGCAAGAAACACAGUUAAAAUGUGUCAGUGUGGGCAUAGGGCAGCUGAAACAAGCAGGAUAUACACAGCGUGUUUAGCAGUAGAACCGGUUUGUCUGGUCUCCUCCAGACCCUUUCUUUAUCCAGUCCCAGGUGCCUGCAAUCUUCUCUGUUGAUUGUAUGAUCAUAUUUUACUUACUCACUUUUCCAGUUUUCAAGUUCUUAAGAACUGUAAAUGAAUUCUUUCUUACAAGGAAAGAAAGGGUUUUACAGCAUAUGUUGACUGUAUAUU